UCCAGCGAAUUUCUCUCAAACAAGAAAAUGGAAACCGCAAACCAAGUUGUAUCUUUGGGGACAUUCCAAGUGUUUAAAUUACCUUUGGGAUUUAUUCGUGUUGUGGAAUGGCUUUUUGCCAUCUUUGCAUUUGCAACAUGUGGAGGUUACUCUGGGCAACUGCGGGUUAGCGUGGACUGCGUCAACCGGACUGACAGCAACCUCAGCAUUGGCAUCAACUUUGCCUACCCAUUCAGGUUGAACCGGGUGGAAUUUUACGUGCCAAUGUGUGAAGGUAGGAGGCAAGAGCGGCUCUACCUGAUCGGAGACUUUUCCUCCUCCGCCGAAUUCUUUGUCACCAUUGCUGUCUUCGCCUUCCUCUACUCCCUGUUGGCCACUGUGGUCUACAUCUUUUUCCAGAAUAAGUACCGUGAGAACAACCGUGGACCUCUCAUUGACUUUGUAGUGACCGUGGUGUUCUCAUUUAUGUGGCUAGUGAGUUCAUCUGCCUGGGCAAAAGGUCUUUCAGAUGUAAAGGCAGCGACUGAUCCUGGUGAGGUGGUUCUGCUCUUGUCGGCUUGUAAGGUGCAGGCCAACAAGUGCAGUACAUUAUAUGGACCCAGAUGGUCUGGUCUGAAUACGUCUGUGGUAUUUGGGUAUUUAAACUUUGUGCUCUGGGCUGGAAACAUCUGGUUUGUGUUUAAAGAGACUGGAUGGCACAAGGGAGGUGCAGCGAGGCAUCCUGUCUCGUCCUCUGAAAAACAGGGCACUGCCUUCAACCAACAGGUCUACAACCAGGGAAGCUUUGACCAAUCAGGAGUUGCUUUUACUGGAACAGGGGACUUCGGCCAAUCAGAGUACAGCCAGGUGGGAAAUUAUGCUUCAACUGGGCCUAUCUCCUACACCAAUCAGUAACCCCCUCUGCCUAAUAAGUGUAAUCAGAAGGGACCAAUUUCUAAGGGCAAAAUUCAACAUUUAGCACAAGAGGAAGAUAAAAUGAAUUUAACAGAUAUAUUAAUAUUCAUCUUUUAUUUCUGAUUAAACAAAAUAUGUAAAGGCUAUCGCUUGUCUAGAAUAAUAUGUUUUUUAA